AUGUCCUUGUCGCGAUCACCCUCUCCCCAUCCGGGCGGAGGGUGGUCCAGCCCCGGUCUAACUCCGGGCAGCGGCUCCUCCACGCCCGUACGCGGGUACUCCCCCAACACCCUCGCGCCGAACAGCAAUAGCAACGGAAACAACGCCUGGGCCGCAGCAAAAGCAAAGAGCAACGAAGUUCGCGGCUACCCAUCCUUCGCAACCCGCAAUAGCGGCUUCUUCUCCCGCCAGAAAACGAAGAUCUCGAACAAACUCCCCAGUUUCAACGGCCACCAGUCCCCGCACGGGUACGUCGAUAAGGAUGUAUAUGGGCGCGAGACAUGGCGCUCCUCAACCGGAGGCGCGAGAGGCACGCUGGCCAUUAUUCUGCGUCGGAGUCGGGUACGCAUCCUGCUGGGCGUAUUUCUAGCAUGUCUUGCAUACAUUUGUCUUUGGGGACCUCUAGUCCAUCUCUACCGACGCUCCCCACUCGGUGGAGGCCGCAAAUUCGUCAUAAUCCUCGGCUCCAACGUGGAAGGUGGCGUGAUGGAACUCAAAGGUGCCCGCGAGUGGGCAAUUGAGCGCAACAGCAUCCACAACAAGCAAGAAUACGCCAGGCACUGGGGCUACGAAAUUGAGGUCGUCAACAUGCUCGCCAAGAAACGCUAUUCGCACGAGUGGCGCGAGAGCUGGGAAAAGGGCGACGUGAUUCGCGAGACGAUGCGCAAAUAUCCGCACGCGGAGUGGUUCUGGUGGCUUGAUCUGAACACAUGGAUUAUGGAACGCGAGUCCUCUCUGCAGGGGGAGAUAUUCAAUUCACUUGACGAGAUGGUCUAUCGAGAUAUCAAUGCGAAUAACCCGCUCAACAUCACGCACCCGCUUCCGGAAUUCUAUCUCGAUGAAUUAGGUCGGGCGCUGGAAGGUGAUGGGCGGACCGAUUCGUUACAGAUGCUUCUCACGCAGGAUUGUUCGGGUUUUAAUCUCGGGUCGUUCUUUUUACGGAGAUCGCUGUGGACGGAUCGCUUGCUUGAUGCGUGGUGGGAUCCUGUUAUGUAUGAGCAGAUGCAUAUGGAUUGGCAACACAAGGAGCAGGAUGCUUUCAAGUACAUCUAUCAAAGCCAGCCCUGGAUCCGGAGCAGUGUCGGAUUCUUGCCCCAGCGCUCGAUCAAUGCGUUCCCGCUUGGCGCCUGUGGUGAUGAGAAUAAUCCCGCUGUGCAUUACCAAGAAGAGGAGCAUGAUCUUGUCGUCAAUAUGGCUGGUUGUAAUUUCGGUCGCGACUGCUGGUCUGAAAUUUACAACUACCGCGAGAUCGCGAAUCGCAAGAAUCGCUCGGCCUGGGAGAAGGUGCAUGAUGCUAUUUCUUCUGCCUUUGAGGGGCUUUUUGCUUCUGGCGACUCGGCCGAGGGCCUUUUGUAUGAUACUGGCACCGGCGCAGAGUAG